CGCUCGACACAAUAAACCGGUUCCGCAGGAGAGAAAACAACCCAAAGCAAGAGGCCGGUGGUAUUUAUUACCGGAAAUUAGUCCUGCACUUUGCGAUGAGUUGGAAAAGCGAAGCAAACGGUCGGAGAAUUUAAAGAAGGAAUUUGGAAGGAAGUAGCAAUGAAGAAACUCAGCGUUUACGUCGUGUUCUCCUUCGCUCAAACAGCAUGUCUUGCCUUGUUGGUCACGGUGCAGGAGACCCAACGUGUGGCAAUGCUUUUUUCCUCCAUUGCUCUAAGAUGUGAUUAUUCAACAUCCUCUCAGUCUCAGGAUGUCGUUGUCACUUGGCGUUUCAAGUCAUUUUGCAAAGAUCCUAUAAUGGAGUACUAUUCUUCAUCAUACAUUGCUAUGUUGAGCAUGGGCCAGGAUCCAACCAAUGACUGCCAUGAUGACCAGCGGACUGUGCGAAUUGUUAUUCAGAAACGGGGACAGAAUGAGCCGAUAUUGGGGCAUGACUACAGACAAAGGAAGAUUACCAUUCAGAACAGAGCUGACCUGUGGAUUACUGAAGUGAUGUGGUGGGACCAUGGUGUUUAUUUCUGCACUGUUGAGGCACCAGGAGACACGACGGGGGAUUCGGACAAAGAAGUUCGACUUAUUGUUUUGCAUUGGCUUACGGUGAUAUUUAUUAUCAUGGGUAUCCUGCUAUUAUUCAUAUUGAUUAGUAUCUGUUGGUGCCAGUGCUGCCCACAAAAGUGCUGCUGUUAUCUCCAAUGCAUCUGCUGCCCAAAACGUUGUUGUUGUCCAGAGGAAGCGCUUGCAAGACAUCAGCUAGCCAAACAGGUGAAGAAGGGAAUGUGGCCAUGGAUGUUUAAUAGGCCUGUGUACAGUGACGAUGAAAGGCAUUCCCAGUUAAACUCAUUCUACAUGAAUGGGCCAUCUCAGAGAGAUUUUUCCACAAAGAACAGUAUACCAUUGACUAUGGUCCCUUACAAUGGCUACCCAAAUUCUUCUGUUAAGAUGCUGGACUACAUAGAGAACGAGGUGAAAAACUUGAAUACUAUACAGCCUCUACAAAAUGGAAUCCGUACAAGUGGCAGUGCACCUCCCAGUGUGCUUUCAUCACUAAACGAAGUUGGAAUUAGAGAAGUAGAUCGUCGUGUUAUCCAUCUACCUCCCAUAUUGGAGGCAGUCCAUGAAACUAGCCUCCCUUCAUCACAACGAACCAGUAACUCAUCCCGAAGGAAUAAUCAGCGAAGGGCUAGAAGUCAUGAGGAUAUUUUGGAUGUAGGGCUCCCCAGGAAUCAAAGAUCUCAAGAAGGAUCAAGAUCCAGCAGGAGCUCACAAGACAGAAGAACUAAUCGAUCUCAAGGGAAUAGGAGAGAUGAUUUUGAAGAUGGCCUGCAGAGAGGUCAGUACCUUCCAAGAAGACAAAAUUAUGGAGAUUAUAGUGAUGACUCUGAUAAUGAUGAUAGGCCAAGACCCAGUGGGUCAAACCAGAGGCAGGGCAGAAGAGGUUAUGAGGAGGAAAGAAGACCACAUCGCCGCAGUAAUAGAGAUUACUCACCUGAAAGAAGAAAUAGACGUAGAGAUCGAAGCUAUUCUCCUCCACCUCGUGGAAGACAACAAGGGUCAUGGAGUUCCCUAGAUGAUUAUGAUAACCACUCUCGAUACAACAGGGUCCGACCAGAUGAUCGAAUGACAGACUGGUUGGAAGCCUUGAAGAAGCCAUUUAAGUAUCAUGAGAAGCCCCCAAGCUACCAUUCUGUAGAUGGGGGAUCAGAGCAAAGCAGUACACGAAGAUCUAAUAAUGGACGACAGUCAGAACGGGGGAGUUCUCGCAGUGGUAGAAGUGUAGUGAUAUGAAGAAACGUCCCCUUGUCAUAUUCCAUAAUAAGUACAGGGUGGGCUGUAAUAUAGAUGGCAACCUUUGACAUCCCUUUUUGAGCAUAUCUUUCCAUCCUGGGCUUUCAGCAGACAGAACAGAAGCUCCAAUUUUAUAUGACUUCAAGACCUGCUUCAAAUAUGUGACUUUGCAAUAGAAUCUAAUUACAAUGGACAAGGAAGCUUUUGCCAUUUUUACUAAUAUGAACAAAAAUAGAGAUGGAUAUUCAUGGACAAAUGGUAGUUUAAAUUGUGUCAAUUUAAUAAAAAUGACCGACACUUCACAGGGAAUUGAUUAUAUAAGGUUCCUUCCAACCAUUUCUUUGGGCCUAGUUGUACCAGGCUGAACGAGAACGAUUAAAUGUUUUCUACCUUUGAGAUCCCACGAUAGCAUGAUCCACAGCAAGGCCUUGGAGAACGUGGGGAGGUGGUGGUUAUAACCAGGUUCUAUGCCGUCAUGGGGGCCCAAGCUUGGGCAGCACCACCUCCUCUCAAGUAGUUGCCUGCCUGCCUCUAUGUUCACAGACAAGUGCGCAGUGGACACUCCACUCUGGGACAAAGUUCUGUAACACAAAGGGUUAUUGGAGCAAGAGCCCGAGUCCAUGUGGCAAUUUGUUUUCACAACCAGGGUGCCCUCUGGGUGAUGUAGUCCACCUUUGGUCAUACUCUUACCCCACUCCACCCCUUGUGUAGGCACCAGCCCAGUAAAAGACUACAGGCCCCAAGAUGGCACAGCAGGCCAGUGAGCCCAGACGAGGAACGGUGGUUACAGCAAUAGUGAGACCCAGAUCAGCUGGAACAUUGGGGUCUAAGGGAAGCAUGAAAGUGGCAUCACAUAUGUUCCGAAUGCUGCCUCAAUGAGAAAAUUUCCAAACCUGCCAGGCCCAAGGGUGAGUGAGUAAGUGCUGGUUGUGAAAGACAUAGCAAGACAUAGACUAGUGUAAUUUUGAGCACCCUGAAAUAGAAAGGAUAUCAAAGUAAUAGAAAAGGGGCAUUGUAGGUUCACCAGGACAUCGUGAAGAUGAGGAGGCAGAGUUAGGAAGAGCGACUUGAGAAGUUUGGGCUUUUCAAUAAAGCUGCAAAGAGUGCACGUGAGGGUGUGUGUGCAAGGUUGACGGAGAACCCUGAGAUUAGAUGAGCCCCACAGACACAGGUGUGCGUGCACACACAUCCAACCUUUUUGGCUCCUCCUUCUCCUCAUCAUGGUCAUCGUCAUCAUCCCUCCCCAAAAACCUAUCCACACACUAGUCCAGGUGAGGAGGAAAAUCCAGGCUGAAAAGCAAUCCACUUCUGACCACCACUUUCAUUUGAAUUCCACCGAGGUCAGCUUGGAGUGUGAACCACCAAUGAUGAACACAAGGUCGAUAAUGAUUAAACCCAACUCCUUAACUUGGUCUUGGUCCUGGCCCCUUCCCCCACACCCCUAGGUGACCAGGGCUUGGGACCUAGUCUGCCUCUAACUCUUUUUUUAUGUCAAAAGGCAAGCAGGUUUUAUUAGUUUGCUCAGUUGUUUGGCAUUUUUUAAUAGUCACUUUUAUUAAUUACUCAUUUUUUAAAUGAUCAAUUUAUUGCUUUAACGUUUUGUUUUCUUCAUACCAUAACAUUUUUUUGAAAUUCAUGUUUUAAGUGUGUGCCAAACCGGAUCUCAGGCAGCUGCUGUUGGGUUUCUUGCUGAGGGGAAUGAGAGGCUCAUGAGAAGUCUGCUUUUUGGAGGGCUGGCAAAAGGGAUUAUUUUUAAUAGAAACAGAAACUGAUGGAAAUGCUGAGCACGUCUGGCAUCUGUGCAGAGAAACAGAGGUCAAUGACCCUUCAGCAGAACUAGAACAGAUCAUGGACCUAAAGCUUUACUCUGUUUCUCUUUCCACCAAUUCUGCCUGGCCUGCUGAGUAUUUCCAGAAUUUUCUGUUUAUAUUUCAAGAUUUCCAGCAGCUGCAGCACUUUGCUCUCCUAUUAUUUGUUCCAUACUGGGCAUUUGUAUGUGUGGAUAGUUUCAAUUUAAAAUGUGAAAACAUUUAUCACUCAAUACAAAGUGUAAUUUUUCUAUUAACAAAGCCUACUUGUGUGGAUAGAGAGAGUACAUGAUUGCAGCUGAAAUGGCUGGUACGAAUUUACUAGAAGGCUGUGCCAUUUUUAAAUUUGGAAAUGAAGCCAGAAGUAAUACACCAAUAGAAAGUCACUCUUAGUUUUACAUAGGAUUGUCGUUUGUAGCGCUGGAGGUUCAAAUCUUUUAGAUGUUGCUGUCUGGAUAUGGUAGAGUGCCAGGUUCAAAGCAGUGGAGUUGGUUGCAUAAUAUGAAUGAUGAAGUUGUAUGUUAUUGUCUGACAAGUUGUGGUUACAAAGCAUAUGAAACCUGAGCUUUUGGCGAGCUUUAUAAGUAGAGGCAUAGAGUACCAAAGUCAAAAUUUUGUUGAACAACGUGAAACAGUUUGACCCCACUGUGACAAUGGUUCCCAAUUCUGGGACCUAAAGGAUGUGAGGGUCAGGGUGCUGGGAUAAGGGGCCUGGAAACAGGUGACGCACUAGAACCAUGAUUUUUCUCCCUGGCCCAUAUUAUAGGUGAGACCAUGUUAUAAUAAAAGCACCAAACCGGCAGCCAGAAUAACGCAGAACUACAGAUAAAUGAAUUAAAACGGCAGCCUAAACAGAGAAACCAUCAGAUUUGAUGCAAGCAAACAAAUUAACUCCUGAUAACAAAAUGAAAUCAACUGAAUUAAAAUAAAUUUUAUUUCUUGUAACAAAUGUAAAUGUACAUAUGUAAUCAGAUGAUUUAACUUCACAAAUGGUUAAUUCUCGCUUAUACAGAUUAUGGAAUUAUUUUGAGAGCGCAUAGUCAACAAAAUCAAAGUCCAUUUAUUGAAUGGGUGGGCGUAUGUUAAAUAAAUCAAUUUUUAACAUUUUA